UCACUUUCGUGGAAUAUGAUAUUCCAUGGCCCCACAGAAUAAAAAUAAUAAAAGACCUCCACUGCAACCUCAAAACCACGCUACUCUCAUCAUUUUUCUUACAUCUUCUCUUCAUUACAGCAACCAGUUCCACUUUUCUUGUGAGUAGGUGAGCAUGGCUUCUAAGAGGAUUUUGAAGGAGCUUAAGGAUCUUCAGAAGGAUCCUCCUACUUCUUGUAGCGCUGGUCCUGUCGCUGAAGACAUGUUUCACUGGCAAGCAACAAUUAUGGGCCCUCCAGAUAGUCCAUAUGCUGGAGGGGUUUUUCUAGUUACUAUACAUUUUCCUCCAGACUAUCCGUUUAAGCCACCAAAGGUGGCAUUUAGAACAAAGGUUUUUCACCCAAACAUAAACAGCAAUGGGAGCAUAUGCCUUGACAUCUUGAAAGAACAAUGGAGCCCUGCUCUGACCAUUUCCAAGGUUUUGCUGUCAAUAUGCUCCUUGCUGACAGACCCAAAUCCCGAUGACCCGUUGGUGCCCGAGAUAGCUCACAUGUACAAGACAGACAGAAACAAGUAUGAAACAACUGCAAGGAGCUGGACCCAGAAGUAUGCAAUGGGUUGAAGAAGCUACGGCAUUUGUGAUGGGAUUGCCUUUCUCAUACAAAUAAUUCAGUAUUUCCAUUCUUGUGUAAGACUUUGACAUAUCUGUAGACCAUAAAGUAUGCAAUUCGAAUUUGGUGUCUGAUAAAAAAGAAACAUUGAUGUUGCUCUAAAGUUGCUUGCUUGUGUAAUCUUAUAUUUGAACUGCACCAAGUCCUGCAUUGCUUUUCCUCUUAAUCAAGAUAAUGGGUAUGUAUAUGAAUGAUUCAUACUAA